UAAUUCCGGUUUUGAGAUUGACAGUGAGGUUUCAGAGCCAUCGCCUUCAGCGAAAGCAAUGACUCCGAUGUACAUUACAGCAGUGACCUCCCUGUCAAGAAAGGAGUUGCUCGAAGAAGUUCUACGGAUCGAUCUUUCGAGCUGGAUCCUUUUGAAUAAACCCCAAAUCGCCAUUGGGUAAAGGUAAUCAUGUGACACGUCUUUUCCGUUCGGUUUCAACCGGGUUCCUUUUGAAUGAAUAUUGUCAAUAAUAAGCGGCCCGCACACGGGCAUGUUGUCAAAUAAUUUGAAUGUUUUUUGCACAUAGCCUGCUUAUUUUAAUUGAGAGCGAACACUCGUGAACUUCAGCGAAGCCACACUUUCCCUAUCCACGCUCUCGGGGCGUGAGACAACAGGUUUUGCGAUGAAUUACGACUUUGAGCGUGAGACGGGUUUCAUCAAUAGUCGGCCAUCGCUCGCGGAGUGCCUUACUUCUUUCCCCCCUGUUGACGACUCGUUUCAGAAGUCAUCAAUCAAAAGCUCAGCGCUCACGAACCCUCGCCCUCUUAUCCUGCCUCCUUUCGAGAGCAACGUCCCGAGCUCGAGUCUCGGGACUCGGCCACGCCGCGCAGGGCCCCGGCACGGCGCGGAAGGGGGAAGCCUGCUACGCGCCAGAUCUCUGACCCGGGAAUACCCGUGGAUGCGCGAAAAGAAGACUAGCAAAAGAAAGCGUCCUCUCACACCGACCGGCUUCUCGACUCCUACGGCGAGAGUCAUUUGCUUCUCUCCAAAAGGCUCACCCGAGCUUCCCGAGGGCGGUUUUGAAGGAGGUUCGCGCCGCCUGAGAACGGCGUACACAAACACGCAGCUUUUAGAGCUGGAGAAAGAGUUCCACUACAACAAAUACCUCUGCCGACCACGCCGCGUGGAAAUCGCCGCGCUGCUCGACCUUACGGAGCGCCAGGUCAAAGUAUGGUUCCAGAACCGACGGAUGAAACACAAACGCCAGACCCAGCCUAAAGACGUCCACGGGAAGCUAAGCCAGACGAGCGUCGGGGAGGACAGUGGCGCACAGAGCGACGAGGACGCUUCCGUUCGUGGCCUCGGUCGUGGCAGAUUGGGCGCUGAGGACGGAGAGUCGGACGCUUUUCUUAAUGACCUGUCAGGCGUCUCUGGGCAGUCCUGUAACGAUAACGACAUGCAAACUUUUGAAAUGUUUUCCAACAGCUUUGUGGAAAGAAGUCUAAAAGAUGUUUCCAGCCAGUCACCUACUGCUCCAGGGAAGGGGAUAAUGAUAUGCAACCGAUGCGCCAGUCCGGACAGUCGCGUUCCCCCGCAGGUUAUGGACAUAUCUGUGCAGGAUUUUUUUUCGACCGACUCGUGUUUGUCUGAUGCGGCUUCGCCGGAGCUGAACAGGUCUCUGGAAAGCGCAGAUGGUGUUUCGACAGACUUUUAUUUCUUUACGGAUUCUCUGACCACAGGUGAUUUACAAAAUGCAAACUACUGAUUAUGGAAGUGGAACGGUGAACAAAUGAAAGGAUAAAUCGGGAGUUUAAAUGAUUUUUUUGUUUGUUUGCAAUAUGCGUGUAACUGAUGCGAUUAUGGUUACAUAUCGAAGGUAAGCGAUAUAGGCUAACCCUGUAUUUAGUAAUACAUAAUACAUCUAAUGCAUUUAUAACAGAAUUAGUUUAGAUCACGUUUAUUUCUGUAUCGAGUGCUGCUUAUUUCUGUAAAAAAUAAACAUACUUUGUAAGUACAAA